UCCUGCUGUUUCUCCUUCCCUCCAGCUGCUCAACAAGUCAUGGCUGGUCCUCCCCCGAAGCGACGGCGCUACCUGCCCGAGGAAGGCCUUCCGACCCUCACGGAGACCCAGGGCCUCGUGGGUGCACAGGACCCUGGGGCGACAGAGGAGGUUGCUUCCUCCUCCUCCUCCAGGUCCUCCGCCUCCGCUGCGUCCUCCUCCUUCCUCUCCUCUGCCUCUUGCUUUGCUCAUAUCUCAGGCGGCGAGGAAGAGGUUUCUAUGGUCUCACCAACCCCGAGUCCGCUCCAAGGCCCUGAGCGUGCCUGCCCCUCCCCCACUGCCUCUGGCUCCGUGCCACCCACACAAUCCGAUGGUGGCUCCGGCAGCCCAGUGGAGGUGGGUCUGGGCACUUCACAGGUCCUUAGUUCCUUUCCCAGUAUCGUGAUUUACGACAACAUACCUCAGCUGGUGGCCUUCCUGCUCCUCAAGUACCACACUGCGGAGCCGACCACCACGAGGGCAGAGCUGCUGGAGGUGCUGGGCCAGGAUCACCAGGACCAGUUCCCUGUGAUCUUCAGCUGCGUCUCCGACUGCUUGCAGCUGGCCUUUGGCAUCGACGUGGAGGAAGGGGAUCCCAGCGACCACUCCUACAUCUUGGUCACAGCCCCGGGCCUCACCUGCAGCUGGCAGCUGAGCUACGAGCAGAGCCUGCCCAAAAGCGGCCUCCUGCUGUUUCUCCUGACCAUAAUCUUCAUGGAGGGUGACUGGGCCCCUGAGGAAAAAGUGUGGGAGAUGCUGGGUGUCAUGGGGAUGUGUCCCGGGAGGGAGCAUGUCAUCUUCGGGGACCCCAGGGAGCUCAUCACUCGGGUCUGGGUGCAGGAGCAGUACCUGGAGUACCGGCAGGUGCCCGACAGCAAUCCCGCUCGCUUUGAGUUGCUCUGGGGCGCCAGGGCCCACGCAGACAUCGACGUGAUGGAAGUCCUGGGCUUUAUGGCCAAGGUCAAAGAUAGCACCCCUAACGCCUCUCUGACCUGGUAUGAGGAGGCUGUGAGAGAUCAGGCAAGGCGAGGCCAGGCUAGCAUUGCAACUGCAGACUAUGCUGCCACCGUGGCCGGUGCAAGUUCUAGUGGAACGUCCCCUGGCUUCUGCCCUGAGUGA